CAAGCUGUUGCCUCCCCGUCAUUGACCUACAUACUUCUAGCCCACCUCGGAAGCUACAGCAAGCUAUCAUGAUCGAAGCAGUGUGGCCCUCCUGUCCAAAUCCCACUUGACCCAAAACAAUUCCCACUGACAGCUCCGGCCAGCUCCCGACAACCACAGAGUCCAUCACCAUGGCGAACAAGAAAAUGCCCGCCAGUGGCACGUUAUCGGAAGACGGACUCAGACAUUUCAAGACGUACAAGUACUCGUCUGUGGACCUUUCACCGAUUUCGAAUCAUAUUUUGAGGCAUUAUUGGAACUUCUGCGUCGAAUUCCUUCCAUUAUGGCUUGCUCCGAAUAUGGUCACCCUCAUCGGGUUCUUCUUCAUCAUCGCCAACGUCGGACUCCAACAGCUCGCUGAUCCUGGUCUCAUCGGCCCUACCUUCUCCUGGGUCUCCUACUCCUACGCCUUCGGCGUAUGGGCCUACUCAACAAUGGACAACAUUGACGGCAAACAAGCCCGCCGCACAGGCACCAGCUCCGGCCUAGGCGAACUCUUCGACCACGGAAUCGACAGCUUGAACUGCACUCUCGCCUCCAUCCUUGAAGUCUCAGCAAUGGGCUUAGGCUCUACUCCCUUAGGAGCUCUCACAGCUUUAGUGCCUUGUCUUCCAAUGUUCUUUUCUACAUGGGAAACAUACCACACCCACACCCUCUACUUAGGCUACUUCAACGGCCCCACCGAAGGCCUCCUAAUCGCCAGCCUCAUCGCCUGGGCUUCAGGGUACUUCGGGCAUCAAAUCUGGCACGAGCCCAUUGCUAAAGUCCUCGGAAACGCACACCUCCUAGGUCAAACCUCCGUGAAAGACAUAUGGGCCCCGCUCCUCCUCCUCGCGUUCUUCAUCGCCCAUUUACCAGGUUGCAUUUACAACGUCGUGCGGGCCCGAAGAGCUGCAAACCUGACGAUCCUUCCCGUCUUCCUCGAAUGGACUCCCAUGCUCCUCUUCUGCGGCUCCCUAACCCUCUGGCUCGGCUCCCCAUACUCCACUCUUCUAAGAGACAACCACCUCGUCCUCCUCUGCCUCACCCUCUCCACAGUCUUCGGCCGCCUCACAACAAAGAUCAUCCUCGCGCAUUUGACACGGCAACCUUUUCCCUACUGGACUGCUCUUCUCGCCCCUCUAAUCGGCGGAGCAGUGCUGGUCAAUUUACCUUAUAUUGGUUUCCCGGCACCUUCAGCGGAAAUUCAAUUGUACUAUCUUUGGGGGUAUUUCGUGUUUAGUACGAUCGUGUAUGGACGUUGGGCGUAUGUGGUUUGUACGGCAAUUUGUGAGUAUUUGGGGAUUAGGUGUUUGACGAUUCCGGAGGAGAAGUGGAGGGCGUUGGAGAGGGAGAAGCAGGCGAAGGCUGCAUAGACGGAGAUCGGGUAGUGCUCAAGGGAGGGGUUAGUGAAGUGAGCUAGUUGCAAGCUAUGACUGGGUCUAGAGAGCCGCUCAACGCUGGCUGAAUAGAGAUGAUUUGUGUUUAGUGCAUAGAGGGAGUUUUCUUGUAGUUGAGCAAGCGGCAUCAGACAGUAAAAUAUUAUAAUAGACAAGCAUGGCAUUUCGGAAG